CGGGGAUCUUUGAUGCCUAAAAUGAGCCGGUGGUUGUUUCACAUGACCAAACUUCAUUGCAAGGUGUACAGAGGCCUCAAGUAUACCAUUUGGCUAAUUACCCAAGAUCCGCCUAUCGCUGCUAGACAUGAAAAGGGUUCCCCCUGCUACAAGUUCUAUGAUAUUUCCCUUCUCCUCCUGCGCAUUCGCCUGUCGACGACAAGCUCUCGUUUUACUAUCGCGGCUAUACCUCUGCUGUCCUCACCAGAUUUUCAACGAGGCUGAACUCACCCGAAACUAUCGAAGGUACGCCCAUUUAGCUAAUGUUAUCGGCUGAUUACAGCCAGUCUUUUCUUAGAAGUUCUUGUUUGACCUCUCCUGCCCCUGUGCUGUUGGCCGAGGAACCUAUUUUAAUAAAGGAGAGAAAGAAACUAGAGAAGAAAAUGGCCGAGCUCUUUAUCGCCAUCUCUCAACCUCGGAACCAGACUCUGGGAACCUAUCACUGGGCUUUGUAUCUCCAGAUCAGCUCAACGGAGCACGCCGUAUUUCAAAUCGUCGGUGAUCCGUGCAACUUCAAAUACGAUGAGUCCUCUGCUGCUCCUCAAAACAGUAUCCACCAUAUAGAGAACAUCCGAGUCGCGGAGAUUGACCAUGUUGACCACUUUCGCCAAGUAGUCAAGGACCAAAAGAUCGAGAAUGAAAUGUACAACUGGGGUUGCCAGCAGUGGGUCCUGGAUGUAUUGGAGGCCUUGGUUGAAGAUGAUCUUCUUACGGACUAUGACCAUGAUGAGGCGAAGCUCAAGCUGGUCCCUCUGUUUGGAGUCCAGAUUGAGGAUAAGUAUGAGGUCUAG